CGGAAGUGGCCUUCGCGCGUGAGUCCUUGGCGGAAGAGCGGUGCGGCCACGUGGGGAGGAAGAGCGAAGCGUGCUGCGCUUAGAAGGGAGUCAUGUCGUAUCGAGGAAGAGGCGGUGGUGGAAGCUUCAAUCGUGGUGGUGGGAGCUUCAAUAGAGGUGGUGGCGGCGGCGGCGGCUUCAGUCGAGGUGGUGGUGGCUUCAAUAGAGGUGGACGGGGUGGAGGAAGAGGUGGAUUUGGCCGUGGAGGUGGUGGACGAGGAGGCUUCAACAGAUCAUAUGACCAAGGACCUCCAGAAAGUGUAGUCAUCCUGGGAGAGUUUAUGCACCCCUGUGAAGAUGACAUUGUUUGCAAAUGUGUGACUCAGGAGAGCAAAGUACCUUAUUUCAAUGCACCCGUCUAUUUAGAAAAUAAGGAACAGAUUGGGAAAGUGGAUGAAAUCUUUGGGCAGCUCAGAGACUUUUAUUUUUCAGUCAAAUUGUCGGAAAACAUGAAAGCUGCUUCCUUCAAAAAGUUGCAAAAGUUUUAUAUCGAUCCAGCAAAAUUGCUCCCUCUGCAGAGAUUUUUGCCAAGGCCUCCAGGUGAAAAAGGACCUCCGAGAGGUGGAAGAGGAGGCCGUGGUGGAAGAGGAGGUGGCAGAGGUGGAGGUGGCAGAGGGGGAGGUGGUUUCAGGGGUGGCAGAGGUGGUGGAGGGUUCAGAGGAGGACGAGGUGGUGGAGGAGGUGGCCGAGGAUUUAGAGGCAGAGGACGUUAACUGAAGUUCUGGGAAAUUACUAUGUUUCAUCUUCAGAAUAUAAUGAGAGAUCUUUUUUAUGAACUUGAAUGCCAUAAAGUGGACUUUUAAUACGUUAUUGUCUAAAGGAGCGAAGUACUCACACACGUGUUCCUGGAUUUCUACUGAGAUGAACCGAUUUCAGAUCUGCAGACACUUCUCUUGAAAUCCCCUUGGACCUCUUGUGCUCUUGACAUUAAACAGAAUGUUGUUUUUAUACACUUUUUAUGGGCUAUAUUUUUUUAGUCAAAACUCAUCUUGAAGUUGGAAAACCAGUGACUUCCUAAACAAUAACUUAGAAGAUGGUCUGCUCAAUAUAUUUUUUAUUAUCCGUC